UAAAGCGCAGGUGCACGAGGGAAACGAUGGAGGAAACGAACCGACGUAAAACUACACCCGCUCCCGGCCCCCACUGACUCUGACCCAACCUCUUCACUCCCCCACCUCCCAACCCUCACAUUCUCUUUUCUUCUCUCUCUACCUCUCCGUUGCUUCCAAUCCAAUUAAACUCUCCAUUCCAUCCAUUUUUUUGCUUUCCUGUUUCCUCUGUACCUCCAAAUAAACAUAUAUUUCCUGAAGUCUAAAACCAUAAUUUCACCGCUCUAUCGUCGCCGGACAAUGUCUCAUGCGGCAGUGGAUGUCCGGCCUCCGAUUUCCUUCGCAGCACAGUCCACACACUCCUCCUCCGCUUCCCAAAAUCCCGAUUCCAAUCAUUCUUUCAAUUUCGAUUCAAAUUACUCGGGCGAUUACUCGGACAAUCGGCAGGAUUCGAUCUCAUCGAGUUUCAGGGCUGCAGCCGAGUGCGAUCACGGUGCUCCUUUUGCUUUAAAUAUUACGCGGGCAGGCUCGCGAGCACGACCAAGGCUCGUGAAGGUGAGGAAGCAGCUGGGAAAUCAGCAAUCAAGGUCGAGGGCGGUGUCGAACGAGGGCGGUUCGAUUUAUAAUUCGUUUGGGUUUGAUUUCGGUCGAGUGGGCAAUGGGGCUGGCACAUUGAACGGGAUAUCGAAGAGUUCCAACUGGGUCAUUAAUGAUACUGGUGCCUGUCAGGGUUUUAGCUUUUCGAAUGGUGAUGUUAAGUCUGUGAAACCUGAGAGCGUGGAUUUUGUGUUUGGUGCUCAUCCAAGUGUUCUCAAUUCAGAAUUGGGGUCCGACGUGAGAGGGAUCAGUGAAAGUGUGGGAAAUUUGGGUGGUGAGGACGGGAGGAAGGUGAAAGUUCUGAAUGGAAUGCAACUUGGGAAGAUUGAGAAUGUAGGUUUUGCGUUUGGCGCUAAACAGAGUGGUUUUAAAUCGAACUCAUACGACAGAAAGAAACUGUCCGGUGAAAGUGCUAGAAAAUCAAUGGUUGGAGAUAAGGGGAAUGUAGAAGCAGAGCCUGAAUUAGAGCGUCGGAAGCAUCACGAUGUUUGUUUAUUGUUUGAGGCUGAUUGGAUUAAUGUGACUUAUGAUUCGGACGCGGAAAAGAGAGAAUGUGGGGAAUGUGUAAAUAAAUUGGGUUCUGAAAUUAUUGGAAAAACGAAGUUACAGACUGAAACUGAGGGUGGAAAGCAUGAUAAUGUUGGUUUUGCAUUUGGUAAUAGUCAGAGUGAUACGCCAUCAAAGUUGAAUCCGGAGAAGGGAGAGUCCGGUGGGAAUUUGGAGAAGGUGGAUUCCGACGGGGAUAAAAUGAACAGGGAGACUGAAAAAGUGACUAGUAAAUUUGCUGGUCAGCGUGCUACUCCGUCAAUUUCAACCUCGGAAAAGAGAGAAUGUAGUAAAAAAGUGAGUAUAUUGGAUUCUGAAAAUAAUGGGAUUUUGAAAUAUAGGAAUGAAGUUGAGUUUCGAAAGUGUGAUGAUCUGGAUUUCGUGUUUGGCAGUAGUUGGUUUAAUUCGGUGUCAAAGAACUCGGAAAAGAGAGAGUCAGGUGAAACGUUUGGGAAAUUGAGGACCAAGGAGAGGGGGAAGGUGAAAAUGGAGAGUGGAGCAGAGUCCCAUAAAACGAAAGCUACUGCUAAACAUUUCGAUACUGAUGUAAACGGGAGCUCGAAUGAAAAAUUUGAUCCUCGAGUUUUUGUAUUUGGAAGUGGCAGUAAGAAAGAUUAUAGUUUCAAUGAAUGCAGAGCCUCAAAGUGCCCAGGUGAGAUGCAGCUGAAUAAUGAACAUUUUGACAAUUGCGAUAGCGUUAAGGCUCGGAUCAGUGGUUUGAGUUCUGAUGGCCAAGGGAAGGGGAAAUUUAUCUCUGGAGGUAGUAGUAAUGUGGCAAAUGCUUCCAGUACAAGUACCUUACUUAACCUUCCGGAUAUAUUGAUUAAAAUGAAAAUUGAUGAUUCUGAGGAUGUUGACGGUACUGAAAAGAUUGGAGAUGUGAAUAAGAACUCGUGCACCAAUUCUGGGGCGUCUUUCAUGUUUGGAAGAAGUGAAAAGGCUUAUGGUUCUUUUGACACAAGGUCGGUAGGUCUCGGUAAGGAUUUGGAUGCGGGCCAAUUUCAUCAAGGUCAAGCAAAUGAUGAUAUACAACGGGUUGCAUUUGCUGCACCAUCUUCAUUCUCAUCGGAUGGUCAUGACUCUCAACCAAUUGGUAGUGCUUCUGAAAUACAUUUCAUUGGUGGACUUGGAACUAAGGAUGGAAAUUGUUUUACAAGCAUUCCAGAUGGCUCAAGGGUGUCCUUUACAACCUUCAACGAACCAAAAUGGAAUCCUUCCUGCUUUGAAGGAAAUCUAUUUCCUGAAAUAAACAAGAAAAUGGAAUCCUUAGUGAAGAGAAGGUCUAUGAAGGACAAAAGAUCAAACAAAACGGGGGGAAACGUAAAGCCAUCUUCCUCAUAUAAACAAAAACCCGCGCAAGAUCACGUGCCACAUGAAAUCAGUUCCAAAAACCAUAACUCACCUGGUUGUUACUCCCCCAUGGGUUUCUCUACCUUCCAAGAAACUAGUAUAGCUGACCCAUAUUUAAGAGAAGCUUCUGUUACUUCACCAGAGUUCUCCUGUGUAGAUAAUGAUUUGGCGUCCUCUGGCCUGCGUUCAACAGUUCCUAACGACUCGAAAGAUGAAGAUUUGGCUACUGCAGAAGGAUCAGAUAUCAAUAAGACGAGUGAGCUGAAAUAUAGAGAGCAGCAUGAGGAGAAAUUUUGUGGUCACAAUGAAGGUAGAACUGGUAUGAGCUCAAACACAGAGAGGCAAGAAAACAAUUGCAGAACGCAGUUCUAUUCUGCAUCACGCUUGGAAGAGCAGGAGAGGUUUUUUACAUUUUCUGCGUCAUCCUAUGCACAAGGUAGUUUAUCUGCAACAAGGCGUCAGCAAAGAAAGAAAAGUAGGGGGAAAGUUGGUCAUGAUUCAUCUGCAAGUUCUUCGCAUUUGGAUGCAGUGGAUAAAUCUGAAGCACAUGAACAGCUGCAAGCGGAUGUAUCUUUCUCUGCUGCCAUUCAAGAAACCUGUGAUCAGCUGCGAAUCAGGGGAAACCAAGCUUAUAAAGAUCAGGAGCUGUCUAAAGCUGAGGAUUUAUACACCCAAGGGAUAGUUUCUGUCCCUUCUAGUGAAAGAUUGGGAUGUUGUCUUAGGCCUCUCUUGCUGUGCUAUAGCAACCGUGCGGCUACAAGGAUGUUUCUUGGAAGAAUAAGGGAAGCUUUGGGGGACUGUGUGAUGGCUAUCACUCUAGAUCCCAACUUUCUCAAAGCUCAAAUGAGAGCUGCAAAUUGCCACCUUGUCCUUGGGGAAGUGGAUGAUGCUCUGCGGUGUUUUAAUAAGUGCUUAGAAUCAGGGGGUGGUGUUUGCUUGGAUCGGAAAGUCAUACUAGAGGCUGCUGAUGGCCUUCAAAAGGCUCAGAAAGUGGCUGAGAAUACAAAUCGUGCUGCCAAGCUUUUGGAACAGAAAACCUCUGAUGCUACUCUUAUUGCUUUGGAAAUAAUCGCCGAGGCCUUGUCUAUUAGUUUAUACUCGGAAAAACUACUUGAAAUGAAAGCAGAGGCUCUGUAUAUGUUGCACAAGUAUGAAGAGGCAAUUCAGCUUUGUGAGCAGAGUCUUUCUUUUGCUGAAAAGAAUUGUGCCUCUCUGAGUACUGUAGCAAAUGUGGAGGGUUAUGGGUGUGAAGUUUACUCAACUAUUAGGCUGUGGAGGUGGUGCUUGAUACCCAAGUGCUACUUUCAUUUGGGAAGGCUUGAGGCAGCCCUUGAGCUAAUUCAGAAGCUGGAACAAGCGGAAUCUAUUAGAGACGGGUACAUAAAGAAGAAUUUGGAAUUGUCCACAUCAUUAGCUGUAACCAUACAUGAACUUUUACGCCACAAGAGAGCAGGGAAUGAAGCAUUUCAAACCAGAAAGUAUACUGAGGCAAUAGAGCACUACACGAUUGCUUUAUCUAGCAAUGUCAAAUCACGUCCUUUUGCAGCAAUCUGUCUUUGUAAUCGUGCUGCAGCAUACCAAGCUUUGGGCCAAACUGCUGAUGCUAUCGCAGAUUGUAGUCUUGCUGUUGCCCUCGAUGGAAAUUAUGCUAAGGCUGUUCGUAGAAGAGCCACGCUGCAUGAGAUGAUCAGAGAUUACAAACAAGCAGCUAGUGACCUUCAGAGACUUGUAUCAAUUCUUGAAAAUUGUUUUGAUAAGAAAGCCAAACAAUCUGGCACACCAGAUAGAUCCACUAGCAGUGUGAAAGAAUUAAGGCAAGCUCAAAAGCAUCUGCCUUUGAUGGAAGAAAAGGCUAAAGAGGGAAUUCCCUUGGAUUUCUACCUGAUUUUGGGAAUCAAACCAUCUGACCCAGCAUCUGAUAUCAAGAAGGCAUAUCGUAAGGCAGCUCUCAGACAUCACCCAGACAAGGCUGGCCAGUUCCUGGCAAGAAGUGAAAGUGGAGAUGAAGGGCGACUCUGGAAGGAAAUCUCCCAGGAGGUUCACAAGGAUGCUGAUAGGCUUUUUAAAAUGAUUGGAGAGGCAUAUGCAGUACUUUCAGAUGCCACCAAGCGCUCAGAAUAUGAUCUUGAAGAGGAUAGGAGGAAAGCCCGAAAAGAAAGCCACAGAAGUGAGGGUUAUAGAAGAACUUCAAAUGUUUACAGCUCUCCAUUUGGAAGUAGUACUAACAGAGGAAACUGGUGGGAGAAUUGGAAGACGCAUGGAAACUCACAUUCUCAAUGGUAAGAACACACUGGAAGGGUCAUAUUUUUUCAGUGACUGGGUCAUGGUACAAGAGCAUGGCUGAUUAUAGCAGUCCUAGUUCCACAAAGGAUCUAUGGACAUUACUGGGUACCCACCUAGUCCCAGCUUUAGGUAUUUAGCAGCCAAGUAAUACAUUUUGUUGGAAGUGACCGACCAUUGGCUUAAGAAUGGUAGUGUAUGUGCAUAUUGCAUUUUGAUUACGAAGAUUCCAUACAUAAAGAGUGGGAAGGUUCAACAGGGAAGCGGGGAGAGUUUUGAUCCUGAUACGCAGGAAAUGUUCAUGCAUACAAUUUGCCACUUGUAAAGACAAUUCUCUGACACAGCAUCUCAGCCCUUCAACGAAUGCUAAUUAUGAAGGAGAGAUGAAGUUAUUUAGCAUACCUCGAUUUUGAUAGAAACAAUGGAGUCCAUAUUGAAUUGUAAUUUUUGUAUUGUUCUUACAAAUGGCUUUUUACAGCUAUUUAUAGAAGAUGCAUGCUAAUUGUUAUUACCUUACAGCAGUGCAUCUGUUGCUUGUCUUGUAAUAAUUUGAGUUGGUUUUGUUAAGUUUUGUGGAUCUCUCAUUUCUCCCAUCCAUAUUGGGAAAAGAUGACAUCAAUGAAAAUGAGCACCAAGUAUCAACAUUGGUGAUCUAAGCUUUGGCUUUCUGUAA